UUGGCGAGACAACACGUAGUCUCUACUUCAGUCAUCAGUAGCCAGUCUUUGAGUAGUGCUGCUGUUUGGUCCAAAUGGCUUUGACUUCUGCCAUUCACGUCACCUUGGGAUUCAUGCUCAUAAUCUCAGUUUUGGGCCUUCCUGACCUAGACUCAGCUGAAGAGGGGUCUGCUGAGAAUGAGUCAGAGCUAUCCCUGAAGUGUAAAGCAUGCAAAAUGAUCGUGGACAAAGUGAGGAAAGGCCUUCCUCAGAAUGCUGACCAGGCGGCGAUUACUCAGCAACUGAAAAAGGUGUGUGCCUCUCUCGGCCCCUUGAAGUCCGUGUGCAAGGGCUUUGUGAAAAGGUAUCUCAGCAAACUAGCAGCAGAGAUCGCCUCUGCGGAUGAUGCAAAGACAGCAUGCGUGGUGCUGCACUUACACAACACACAUCCUGUUUUCUGA